UAUUGGCAUUGUACACAUCUUACAAGACUAAUGGCUACAAUUUCGUCUUGUUCGAUUGGCUCCGUAUCGUUGAACACAGAAAAUAUUGUUGCCCGGAACCCGACCCAGAUUGUACAAUUCUCAGUUGGGUCUUCCGGGUCGGGUUUUUUUCAAAAUGGGUUGACCUUGAAGACAUCAUCUUGUUCUCAAGCUGUCAAAAAAUCAGAAUCAAGUGUUGUUAGUAUAAAAGCAAGAGCAGCUACAGGGAAGAGCCUUUAUGAUUUCACUGCCAAGGAUAUUGAUGGGAAGGAUGUUAACCUAAGCAAAUUCAAAGGGAAGGUUGCAUUAGUUGUGAAUGUUGCUUCGAGAUGUGGGUUGACGACUUCAAACUACUCAGAACUUUCACAAAUAUAUGAGAAGUACAAAACUCAAGGUUUCGAAAUAUUAGCUUUUCCCUGCAAUCAGUUUGGGUUCCAAGAGCCGGGAUCAAAUUCAGAGAUUAAGCAGUUCGCAUGUACAAGGUUUAAGGCAGACUUCCCUAUUUUUGACAAGGUUGAUGUGAAUGGCCCAUUUACUGCUCCAGUAUAUCAGUUUCUGAAAUCAACCAGUGGAGGAUUCUUAGGUGAUCUCAUUAAGUGGAACUUUGAGAAGUUUUUAGUGGACAAAAAUGGCAAAGUUGUUGAACGAUAUCCACCAACAACAUCACCUUUCCAGAUAGAGAGAGACAUACAGAAGCUUCUUGCUGCAUAGCUUUCCUGGCCUUUGUUUCCAUUUAAACUCUCUAUGCUACGACUGCUGCUGAGAAGAACGUAACAUUCUAUACUUGUAAACAUCGCUAAACUAUAUGUUACAGUCUUGCAUGACAUUCUUAUCCAACUUGUCUUGUAGCCGGUAUAUAUAACACUGUGGUUGGUAAAAGAAUUGCAAGUUGAAGAGAGAAUUUCACUUGGUUUGUACUUUGUGAAUGAUUAAGUAUCGGUUAAUGAAAAUUUGGUUAAGCAUCCAA